AUGCUGCCGAUGCCGGGCUACGCCGGCUUCCCGCCGUUUCCGGGCGCCGUGCCGCUCUACCCGCCCGUGUACUCGCCGCCCUCGCCGAUGCUCUUCCCGCAUCCCCCGUACCCGGGGUUCUGUCCGCCGCACUACCCCGGCGGCCCGUUUCCCGGCCCGAUGCCGGCCCCGCUUCCCGGCCCGGCGCCCCCGCGACGUCCGGAUUCCGGGGCGACCGCCCGGCGCCCGGGCCCCGCGGCGGCUCCCCCGCGACCCGCUCCCCUCGCGGGCCCCUCCCGUCCCGGUCCGUCGACUCCCGACUCUUGUCCCGAUGUGUCGACGCGCUCGUCCGGCGCGCCGCCCGAGGCCCGCCCGAGCGGCGACCCGCCGGCGACCCCCCCGAGCUCGCGGCCGCCCCCCGAGGCCCCGGCCGCGGCCGGCGCGCCGACGCCGCCGGGCUGGGCGCGGCCGCGGUCGCCGCCGCCGCCGUACAGCGGCGCGGAGGGCCCGGCGCGCGUGGGGCCCGACGCCGGCGACGUGCGGCUGUCGGUGUCGGAGUGCGAGAUCUUCCGGCUGCUGAGCAGCGUGGACUCCAACGCGGCGCACUGGUACAUGGUGGACGCCAUCGCGCGCGCCAUGCGCACGACCACGACGCCGGCGUCCGCGCUGAACCCGGCGGCGCCGGAGUACCGGCCCCCCCGGCCCCCGCAGGCCCCCCAGCCCCCGCGGGCCCCGCAGCCCCCCCAGGCCCCGCUGCCCCCGCGCCCGCGCGUGCCGCUGCCCGCCGGCAUGCGCCCGCCGCCCGGCUUCGGCUUCUAA